UGAGCAUAGAGCGCCACAGCAGCACCGCGACAGAGUGGGAACGGCACCACCUACAUGAAAGUGCCAUGCAUUUUAAUAUGCCGUGUGUUGGGUGCAUCUGUGAAUACUUUUAUGACCCCCACCCUUUUUCUUGUCAAUGUAAAAGUGGACGUGUUCGAAUUGGAGGCUGGAGCUAUAACUUAGCAUGAGAAACAAUCCAAGUGUAGCCUGCCAGAAGUCCUGAAAUAGCCAGAGGACCAGCAACCUUUGUUCUUGCAUUUUUUCCUUUCCGUCCUUUCCUCGUAGUGAAGUAACAUAAGGCAUUGUUUCAUGAGCUAAACAAGGCGAAAGGUAGCAAGAACAGGGGGUGACAGCCCGGAAUACCACAGUUCUCGUCGCCGGCUUCCGGGGAUUCGGGACGGCAUCAGACAACUGCAGACGUCGCUCUUGGGAAGGGCGAGCAUCAACACUGAGGAAUAAUCUGGAUAGUCACGGAUAAAGUAAACUUGGGGAAAUGUCUAGGAAAGUCCAAAGAAGCGAAGUAUGUGCGGACUGCAGUGCGCCAGACCCAGGGUGGACCAGCAUUAACAGGGGGGUGCUGAUCUGUGAUGAAUGCUGCUCAGUGCACCGCAGCCUGGGGAGACACAUAUCCAUCGUCAAGCACCUGCGGCACAGUGGCUGGCCCCCUGCGCUGCUGCAGAUGGUGCAGACCCUGGCCAGUAACGGUGCGAACUCCAUCUGGGAGCACUCCCUGCUGGACCCUGCACAGGUGCAGAGUGGACGCAGGAAACCCAACCCACAAGACAAAGUCCAUCCCACAAAGUCAGAGUUCAUCCGUGCCAAGUACCAGAUGCUGGCGUUCGUCCAUAAGCUGCCCUGUCGUGACGAUGACGGAGUCACCACCAAGGACCUGAGCAAGCAACUGCACUCCAGUGUGAGGACGGGUAGCCUGGAGACGUGUCUGCGGCUGCUGUCUCUGGGGGCGCAGGCCAACUUCUUCCACCCGGAGAAGGGCACCACCCCUCUGCACGUUGCUGCCAAGGCAGGGCAGGUGUUGCAAGCGGAGCUGCUGGUGGUCUAUGGAGCGGACCCUGGAGCCCCAGACAUCAACGGUCGCACGCCUAUAGACUACGCCAGGCAAGCAGGCCAGGUGGAGCUGGCUGAGCGACUGGUGGAGUGUCAGUACGAGCUCACAGACAGACUGGCCUUCUACCUGUGUGGACGGCGCCCAGAUCACAAGAACGGGCAUUACAUCAUCCCACAGAUGGCUGACAGAGCUCGCCCUAAGUGCCCGACGCAGAGCUUGGACCUCUCUGAGCUGGCCAAGGCGGCCAAGAAGAAGCUUCAAGCGCUGAGUAACCGACUGUUUGAGGAGCUGGCCAUGGAUGUGUAUGAUGAGGUGGACCGACGUGAGAAUGACGCUGUGUGGCUCACGACUCAGAACCACAGCACCCUGGUGACGGAGCGCAGCGCCGUCCCCUUCCUGCCUGUCAACCCCGAGUACUCAGCCACACGCAACCAGGGCCGUCAGAAGUUGGCGCGCUUCAACGCCCGUGAGUUUGCCACACUCAUCAUCGACAUCCUGAGCGACGCCAAGAGGCGGCAGCAGGGCAAAGGCCUGAGCAGUCCCACUGAGGCACUGGAGCUGGACCAGGCGGACGACGACCAGCAUGACUACGACAGCGUAGCCUCGGACGAGGACACGGACAGCGAGCUGGCCACGCAGAACAACAGCAACACGCAGCGCAACAACCGGGCCAAGAGUAUGGACUCAUCAGAUCUGUCGGACGGGCCCAUCACCCUGCAGGAGUAUCUGGAGGUAAAGAAGGCCCUGGCGUCCUCUGAAGCCAAAGUCCAGCAGCUCAUGAAGGUCAACAACAAUCUGAGCGAGGAGCUGCGCCGACUCCAGAAGGAGAUCACGCGGAUGCAGACGGAGAACAGCACGCUGCGGGGGUGUCAGGCCGGCGGGACGGCCAUGUCGGGAGCAGGGGGCAGCGGCGCGGGGCUCUGGUCGGCCGGGGGGAUGCGGACGGGUGGGGGAGGGGGAAUGGGCAGCGGAGGAGGAGGGAUGGGCAUAGCGGGCGGAGGGGGAGCCGGGGGCAUGGGUCUGGGUUGCACCAUCACCAGCACCAACGCCACCACCACCGCCACCGGCAUGCCCCUCCGCCGGGACCGGCAGGCCUUCUCCAUGUACGAGCCCGGCGCCGCUGCCCCCAAGCCCUUCAGCCCCGCAGACUCCCAGUCCGGCCGCCUGCAGUCCCUCAACCCCUCCAGUGUGCGGAAGGGCCCAGGUGGCCCCAGUCCCUACGGAGGCCAGCAUCUCUCAGCCUCCACUGAGGUGGGCAGGUACAUGGUCCCCAAAUCAGAGAAGCACGGUAGCGGCACGGACAGUGACUAUGACAACACCCAAACAUACGACGUCUCACUAGGCAGGGCGGGCCGCAGUAGUGAAGAGGAGAGCCGCACCGAGCUGGACGAGGAAGGGGGUGAGCCGGACCCCACGCUGCCCUGCACGGAGGACGUCAUCCUGAAGACGGAGCAGGUGACCAAGAACAUCCAGGAGCUGCUGAGAGCCGCCCAGGAGUUCAAACAUGACAGUUUUGUCCCAUGUUCUGAGAAGAUACACACAGCAGUCACAGAAAUGGCCUCUCUUUUCCCUAAGCGGCCUGCGCUGGAUGCGGUGCGCGGCUCGCUGCGUCUCCUGUUGGCCAGCGCAUCACGGUUGCAGGUGGAGUGCCGCAAGGCCGCGCCCUCAGACCCUUCCGCCGUCACCGUGGACUACCAGCUCCUCACGCAGCAGGUCAUUCAGUGUGCCUACGACAUCGCCAAGGCCGCCAAGCAGCUGGUCACCAUCACCACCCGUGAGAAGAAGCAGUGAGGCAGCCCCGCCAACAGGGGGCAGCCAAAGGGUUUUGGGGGAUGGGGAAGGGGAGGGGUGAGCAGAAGGAGAGAUGGAGAGAAGAGGAAACACUCGUGACUGACAGACAGAGAGAGAACUGCAGGAAGAGAGAAAAUGGGGGUAGAAAGGGCAGUAGCUGUGUGAGGAGCUGGGAAUGGGGGGAGAGAUGGAAAGAGUGUCCUGAAUGGAGAGAGAGAGAGAGAAGAAGGGAUGCGAGGAGCGAAAAAAAGAAAAACAUAAUCAUGACGCUAAAUGCAGCUAUCACUACAGAUGGGGUGGGGAGGGAGAGGCAGAGGACUGCCAGCGCAGGCACUCGAGGAUGCGGAGACGGCACGGCACACAAGAGGCAGAAACCCCCCCCCCCCCCCCAAACGGGUCGGCUCUUAAUCAUCUCACUGAAUCUCACUCGACCACUCGGUCCCGAUCCGUUCUGUAGGUGGGAUCCGUUCCACCGCGCCCCAAAAAACACUUACAAGACUCUCUCUUUCCACACACACACACACACACACACACACACACACACACACACACACACACACACACACACACACACAAGCAUGCUGGCUCGCUCACAGCCUGACUCUGGGGGCCAGGGCACAGACACUGCAUCUCUUUGGGGCCACAGACAGACAAGCACUCCCAGUCACACUAAAGAGAAGCGCAGUUACGGGCCCCCACUGGUGCAGAGUGUGUGCAUCUGGGUGUGUGUGUGUGUGUGUGUGUGUGUGUGUGUGUGUUUCCUGGCAUUGUUGAGGGUGGGAGGUUUGUCACCAUUUUAUUUUGUCUUUUUAUUUCUGUUGUUCUCUUUAUUGAUGCCGUUCCGUUGGCCUGUACCUCUUGGGACAAAAUGUACUGACUUUGAAAAAAAGCAGACACUUACACUGGAAUUGUUAUUGUAUUAUUAUUGUUAUUAUUACUAUAGUUUUGUAUUAUUGUUACUGUUUAUCGAUGCUAUUGUUUCUUUUGUUUGUUUUUUGACUGACUGUAUCACUGAGGAUUUGUUUGUUUGUGUUAUUUUUCUCUUCAAUCUUCAUUUGGGUUUCAUAGUCAAGAGUUGGACAGGGAGGUGGUAGCGGAGUCUCAAGAUGGGGACAUUUCCCAGUCGGCCUCUGCUUCCUAUGUCCUGUAUCUCGGCCACACUAACCUGUGAGAGGACGCUCAAAGUUCAGUGGAACACUCCCAUUCCUGCAGAGAGACAUUGUGGUGGAGUUUCUGUUGAUUUAUUAUUUUGUUUGUUUGUUUGUUUUCUGUUCUGUUGGUUCAUUUUAGUUUUAUUCGUUAUGUAUUCAGUACGUGUUUGUUAUUUGACAUGCGGUUGAACAAUAGCCAAAGGAGAAAGGGGAAUGGGUCGGAUAUUUCUCAUGUCAACGUCUCCCCCUUUUGAGCACAAGGACAAUGGUUUCUGUAUGGUCUUAGGAGGAAAAGAAAAACAAAACACUAGCAAUUGAUGUCAGAAGCAUUAUGUUACACUCAGAAGAGACCACAGCACUAGCUACACUGAUAGGACGCUCAUCUCAAAAUCCAUAACAUAACGGGAUCAUUUUAAACCGGUAGAUUUACUUGUCUAGUUGUACGCUGGUUAGUCUUAUCUGCCUUGUAGUGCAAGCAAGAUUGGGAGCAGUGAACAUUUGUAUUUUUAGUUGUUGUUUUUUUCUGUUCUUUUCUUCUGGAACCCUUUGCCUUCUUUGUGUCUAGCCAAGUGAACGUGGCCGUUUUUUUGUGGGAACUCUUUACUGUCAUUUUCGCUCCUAUCACCAGGACCACAAGCCUCCUCUGACUGGGCUUUCACUGCAACAGAGUUUCAACUCCCUUAAAGCACACACAAGUCUGCCACAUCAGCAUGGACAUGAAUGAAAUGUACGUCAGAGAUAAUCCAGUCCUUGCAUUCGUUUCUUGAAUGAACUUUUAAAAAAGAGACGAUAGGGGAAAAAAAAUAAGCUAAAAACGCAAGUGAAUGUUAAUGGAGAGAGGCGCCUGCUGUAGCUCCCUUGCUGGGAGCAAAGGUCACCUCCUUACAGAGCAGAAAUAGCCUGUUUGCUGCCCUCUGGAGAAACCUUUUUGAAACAAUCUUCCUUAAAUUGUGAACUUCUGUGUGCCAGACUGUUUCCCCUUUUUUGUUUUUGCGACACUGAUUGAGUCAUCUGUAAAAGGUUGCAUUGUCACCUGAGGGGAACAGAUUGGAGUUUGUUUGCCCAUUCGAGAAAAAUUCAGCUGUGUGUUGAUAGAAGGUGGAUCAUGAUCGUCAUACAGCCAUGCUCAUUCACACCCAUGUGGUCCCCAUUAGCACUGCAGCUAUUGGUAUCUCAGUUAGGCACUUCUAGACGAGUUCAGUAUUGCAACAUUAAGAUAAAGAAUUUGUUUUUCUCCUUUUUUUGUUCUAAAGACAGUCAUUCAAAAUGGCCUUAAGAUCUUGCUGUGCUUCUCAUGUCUUCCGUCAGCCAAUUAAUCCUAUACAGUCUUCUUUCCUGCCAAAUUCUGAGCUUAUUUUCAAAGUUUUUUUUUUUUUUUUUUUGCUGUUUUCUACAUGUAGGGAAUGCGACUUGUGUCCUUUUGAUUUUCAUCUUCCUUAUAAAUCAGUGUCAAAAUGUAAAGAAAGAUUGUCUUAGAGAAAAUAUAUGAUCAUUAUUGCCUUUGCACAUCUGCUAGUUUAGCUGUACCUUUGGCCACCUCAUGCCUGGAGUUCAUUGGCUCUGCACCCCCGCUACGAUGAUAAUGUAUGAUUGGCCUGGACGUCUUCCCCUGCUUCCUUCUUUACCUCCCAUGAACAAAACCAUAUAGAAUAGAGACAUAUAUAAAUAUAUGAGACUUAUAUUUUCACAAUAUUUUUUAAUCAAGCUAAAUGUUUAAAAUAUGUUUUCUUGUUUUGGGGAGAUCUUUUACCUCUUUCUUUGUUUGCCUUGGUGGACCUCGGGGCUAGAGUUAGGGGUCUGGAUCGAGGUCCACCACAGGUGAAGCACUAAUCAUCUCACCGCCAUGGGACAGUGGUUGCCCCCUACCCCACCUUCUUAUUCCCCAACCUACUCUGGGGUGCGUUUCCCAAAGCCAUAGUUGCUAACUAAGUUAGCAACUUUUGUUGGUUGCAAUCCAAUUUCUCAUUGCCAACCAACUAAGUUGCUAACAGGUUAGCAACUAUGGUUUUGGGAAACGCACCCCUGGUGGAUAGUUCAUGUCCAGUGACUGAGCUAAUGGGAUUAUCUUAGAUAGGCGGUAAGAGGCCUUGAAAUUAGUCUGUGUCUGUGGGCUCAAGGAGCUGACAAAAAUGGUCGGUUAGACAGUACGUCGGUCAGUCUGAUGUGACACAGGGGCAAGACAUCUCAGCUGUGGAAAACAGCCCCGUUCCACACACCCCAGCUGGCCCCGUCUCAUCAACUCCCCACACACACACUCACAUACAUCCCCCCGUGCAGACAGGUGCACUGCACUUCACGCUUUCACUGUUUCCUGUGUGUGCAUCUAUCUCACAGCUCUUCUAGUGGGAGAAACAUGACAUGGUGAUGGGAGAAACUCUUCACGCAGAGGUGAACUGUACAAAAUAAAAACAAAACAUAGAAACAACUCAAGAUGAAGCAAAAACAACGGAAUCUUAAUAGAAACUCGUAAGCUGUACAUUUGUAAUAAAUAAACAAACAAGCAAAAAAA